AGUUUCAUUCUCAUCAUAAUUAGAAACAAAUUAUCAAAGAAAUGGCAUCUUCAACCUCUGCUGACAAUCAUCAAUCUGAUCUUACCAGCUUAUUGGAAAUUACCAAAAAGCCCCUGGUCUCCAUACCCGAGCAGUACAUCCGUACAGACCACCUUCCAGCAGAGCCUGUAGUAACUACGUUCUCCACCACCAACCAAACCAUCCCAACCAUCGACAUGGCCAGCCUUUCAUUACAGUCCGAAACCUCAUCAGAUCAUCAUCAUCACCAACUCAUCCAAAACUUACACUCUGCUUGCAAACACUGGGGCUUCUUUCAGUUGGUGAAUCAUGGAGUGAGUAGGUCGGUGAUAGAGGAGGUGAGCCAUGAGAUUGAAGGUUUCUUCAAGCUUCCGUUGGAGGAGAAACUUCAGUACAAGGUUACACCAGAUGAUUUUGAAGGCUAUGGAAGCGUAGUUCGUAGUGAUGAUCAUAAGCUCGACUGGGGUGAUCGAGUCUUUAUGAUAACUAACCCUAUUUCUAGAAGAAAACCUCAUCUUCUCCCAGAGCUCCCUUCAUCCCUAAAGAAUAGUCUUGAAAGGUACAUCGAUGAGUUGAAAAAGCUUGGCAUGACACUUUUUGGGUUAUUGGCAAAGGCUUUGAAUGUAGAGAAAAAGAUGUUAGUGGAAGAGCUAUUCGAGGAUGGGAUGCAGUCAAUGAGGAUGACGUGUUACCCUGCAUGCCCUGAGCCGGAGAAGGUGAUCGGUUUCUCGCCCCACUCCGACGCCGCCGGCAUCACCAUCCUCCACCAGCUCACUAGUGGAGUCAAUGGUCUUCAGGUCAAGAAAGAUGGGGCUUGGAUUCCAGUCAACUUCCUCCCAAAUGCCUUUGUCGUCAAUAUUGGAGAUGUUAUUGAGAUUGUGAGCAAUGGAGUGUACAAAAGCAUUGAGCAUCGAGUAAUGGCGAACUCAAGCAAAGAAAGGAUCUCUGUUGCAAUGUUCUUCAAUGCCAAAUAUGAGUCAGAGAUCGGGCCACUGCCUUGUUUGGUUAACUCAGAAAAUAAUGAUGAUGAUGAUGAUAAUCCACCAUUGUUUCGAAGGGUUGGAAUGGAAGACUAUAUCAAUCACUUCUUCUCCCGCCGCAAGUACGAUGGAAAGUCAUUCUUGGACCUAAUGAGGAUCAAACACACCAACAAUACUAAUGCCUAAUAUAGUUACAAUUUUAAUUUUUUUCUUCUAUAUUAUAGUGUAUAACAUAAUUACAGAACACCUCUCACAAAUUUUUCAGGAAAUUUCGGAUUAUUCAGGAUGUCGAAAUUGAGAUUUAAAUAGUUUAAUGUACACGUGUUUGUAUUGAUAUUUAUAUACGUGUGUGCAAGAGACUGUUUGAAUCUUUAUUUUCACACCCUAAAUUAUCUAGAAUUUUCUAAAAAUUUGUAAGAGAAUUCUUGUAGUUACAUUAUACACCACAUGUAAAAAAAAUGAAUUAAACUAUGACUUAUUCAUGUAUCGAAAAUAUCAAAAGUAUUUGUAUACCUAUGUGUAAAAGAAAAGUUAUUGAAAUAAAUAAAAGUACGCAAUAAUGUCUUGUGUAUAA